UAGAAGAUAGAUAGACAGAAGAUAGAUAGAAGAUAGUUAGUUAGAAGACAGUUUGCUGUUGACUGUGCUGGGGAUGCUUUUAACUAAUAGUGGUUUGUAUAUCCAAGGUGUUCCCUGCUUGGAUUUUAAUAAUACUGUACUUACUUGGUUUUAUCUUGUUUUUAAUUAUGUUGGUGCUAAUCCAUGAAAUAUGCAGUAUUUGAAGGGCAUAUCCUGACAUUGAUAUUUUCAGCAUUUUAAUGUUUUAAUGAUUUAUAUAGGGUUUUAAUGGCAUGUUUUAUAUUGUAUUUGAUGGUCUGGCUUUUGUGUAUUUGUUGGUUUGUCUUACAUGCGAAAGACCUAUGGUCUAAGCAUUAAAUAAAUUUGGAUUUAGAAGAUAGUUAGUUAGAAGAUAGUUGAUACAGUAGAGUCUCACUUAUCCAACAUAAAUGGGCCAGCAGAACAUUGGGUAAGCAAAUAUGUUGGAUAAUGAGGGAUUAAGGAAAAGCUUAUUAAAUUAGGUUAUGAUUUUACAAAUUAAGCACUCAAACAUCAUGUUAUACAACAAAUUUGACAGAAAAAGUAGUUCAAUAAGAAAUAAUGCUAUGUAGUAAUUACUGUAUUUACGAAUUUAGCACCAAAAUAUCACGAUUUAUUGAAAACCUCGACUACAAAAAUGCGUUGGAUAAUCCAGAACGUUGGAUAAGUGAGAAUCUACUGUAUAUAGAUUAUAAUUUUACAAUUCAGUAUGUCUGCUGUGUGUUGCAACAGAUGUGCCUUGCUGGCAACCUCAAGUCCCUUCUACACUGUCACAUAAUCCAGAAUAUCAAGGCAGAUAAUCCACAUUAUGUGCUUAGGACUGAGGUCCCUUCCACACAGCUGUAUAAAAUCCCACAUUAUCUGCUUUGAACUGGGUUAUAGGGACCUUCCACUUGCCUAGUCUCCAAUAUACCUCAUAACCUGAGGAUGCCUGCUAUAGACGUGGGCGAAACGUCAGGAGAGAAUGCUUCUGGAACAUGGCCAUAGAGCCCGGAACACUCACAGCAACCUUGUGAUUCCGGCCAUGAAAGCCUUCGACAACACAUUUAUUAUUGUUUAUUAUAAGAGCUGGAAGAGACCCUAUGGGGUCGUGCAGGCCAACCAGGAAAAGCACAGUCAAAGCACCCCCAGGAGAUGGCCAUCCAACAGCAACCAUUGUUGUUUUAAUCUGGUUGCACGACAAGCUGAAAUUCCUUUGUCUAAACUGCAAGCCUUGCCGUUCCUUCCACGCUCAGCCACGAAGGGGUUAAAGCCAUAGAGAGCGAGGUGGCAGAAGGGCUGAAACUCCCAGGCGGAGUUCUGUGCGGGCGGGGCAGGCAAGGAGCGCCAAAGCGGAGGCCGGAGGAGAAGAGCAGGAAGACAAUGUGUCCUCCUGAGGGAUGGCUAGCUCCCAAUGGCUCUUGCAAACCCUGGAUAUUUUGAUGUGCUCCAUGAAGAAGAGUGUUGUUGGAUGAGUUGACUUUACGAAUGGAAUGAGAAGGAGGUAACCCAAGGACUGGUGCCAAAAAGCAGAAGGGAGAGAUACGACAAAGCAGAUUUCUUUAGAAAGGAAUGGCUACAGUACAAGAAGCAGGGUCCACUGGGUUUCUGGAUCCAGAAAUAAAAAUGGAAGAUUCAGUAGGUCCUGAAUCAGAAGAGGCCAAAGGAGGAGGAGCAGCUCUACCAAAAAGCGGUGGAGGAGAAUCAGAACAAACAGUAAAGCAGGAGUCAGAAGAAGAGCCAUCAAGGAGUUGGGAUGCUCAGUUGGAAGAGUUUCUGAGGACACUACAGUCUCCUUCUUCUGGAGGGGAAACCCUCCAACAAUGUGACCCUCAGGAGCCUCAGACGACGACUAUGGAUGAUGGAAGCCAUCUAGAUGCCACACAUUCUGGGAAAGAGGAAACAGCAGGCAAAGAUGCUGUUGAAUUGGAGAUACAGCGCCAGCAUUUUCGGGUGCUGGUCUACCAAGAAGCCGCAGGGCCCCGAAACUUCUGGGAGCAGCUUCGAAAUCUCUGCCGGAAGUGGCUGAUGCCGGAGAGACACACCAAGGAGCAGAUCCUGGACCUGGUGACGCUGGAGCAGUUCCUGGCUGCCCUGCCCCCAAAUAUGCAGAAAUGGCUCAGGGGACGUUGUCCCCAAACCUGUUCCCAGGCUGUGACUUUGUUGGAGGAGUUCCUUCUCAACCAUCGAGGGCCCAAAGGCUGGAAAGGGCAGAUCACAGAAGAGUUUGCAAAUGCCCCUAAGGCGAAAGAGGUUCAGCCAAAGAUGAUGCUUCGAACAGAGACUGAACACAAACAUAGUUCAAAUGAGAAUGUGUUGGGAAAUGAUGCAGAGAUGACUGAAAGUGAGGAACAAAAACCCCCAUUUGAGAGCACAGAGGAAAUGGAGCAACUGAUGACGUCCAUGAAAACUGGCAAAGAGGACAGCUUCCUGUGUCAGGGAGAAGCUGAUAAGAACCAAGAGAGGACAGACAAAGACACUGGGAAUGGCAAGGAGAAGGUCUGGCUCACCAUGGGUCCUAAGAAAGUGAGUGCCAAGAAGAAAAGGAUGAUGUGCUUGGAUAUAAAGCACGAAAUCAUCAACAAACACGAGCAAGGUGUGCGCGUGGUCGACUUGGCAAGGCAGUACGAUCGUAGCACUUCUACGAUAUGUUCGAUUUUGAAGCAGAAGGAGUCGAUAAAGGCUAUAACGCCAGCCAAGGGCAUUAAGAUUAUUUCAAAGCUCCGGACCUCCGCCCAUGAAGAGAUGGAGACGUUGUUGUUGCUGUGGUUGACAGAGAAGCAGCUCGCAGGAGAUACCGUGACCGAGAGCAUCAUCUGUAAGAAGGCACGAGCCAUUUAUGGGGAUUUGGUGCGUCAGACGUCGGGAACAUUAACGGACGAGGCAUCGGACGAGUCAUUCAAAGCCAGCCGGGGAUGGUUUGAGAAUUUUAAAAAGAGAACCGGCAUUCACUCCGUCGUCAGGCAUGGCGAGGCAGCGGGCUCGGAUAUGAAGGCAGCUGAGGAUUUCGUAGUAAUUUUUGCCAAACUGAUAGAAGCUGAAGGAUACAUCCCACAGCAAGUCUUCAGCUGUGACGAGACAGGGCUCUUCUGGAGAAAGAUGCCUAGGAGGACGUUUAUAAUGGCAGAGGAGAAGAGCAAACCUAUAAAGGAUAGGCUAACCCUUGCACUGUGUGCAAAUGCGAGUGGUGACUGCAAGAUUAAGCCGCUGCUCGUGUAUCACUCUGAAAGCUCCAGAGAUGUUAAGUCUCAUACGAGAAUUGAAGAAAAACUGCAGGUUAUGUGGAGGGCAAACCCAAAGGCGUGGGUCACCAGGGAGUUCUUUGUGCAGUGGGUAAACCUGGUCUUUGGUCCUGGCGUCAAGAAGUAUCUUUUGGGAAAUAAUCUACCCUUGAAAGCCCUUCUCGUCCUUGACAGUGCUCCUGCACACCCACCAGACCUCGAGGACUACAUCCUUGAAGAAUUUAACUUUAUUAAAGUGUUGUUCCUUCCAGCCAACACCGCCCUUAUCCUGCAGCCCAUGGAUCAACAGGUGACUUCAAAUUUCAAAAAGCUCUUCACCAAGCACCUGUUGCGGCACUGCUUUGAGGUUACGGAGAACACAAACCUCACCCUUCGAGAGUUCUGGAAGGAUCACUACGAUAUCACGACCUGCGUCGGGAUUAUCGACAUGGCCUGGGAAGGUGUUACAAGAAGGAGCUUAAACUCUGCAUGGAAGAAGCUGUGGCCUGAGGUUGUCUCAGAAAGGGGCUUCGAAGAAUCCAAACCUGAAGAGUUAGUGGUGGGAGAGAUAGUGUCCAUCGGAAAGUCCAUGGGCCUGGAAGUGGAUGAAGGAGACGUUCACGACCUCAUCGAGCAGCACAACGAGGAACUGACAACAGAGGAAUUGCAGGAGCUGCAGGAGCAGCAGCAUGCGGAAGUUUUGCAGGAAAUUAAUGCAGAGGAGCCAGAGGCGGAGGAGGUUAUCCAUACAAGUGAAAUUAAGGAAAUGUUGGGAAUGUGGGAGAAGAUUUCAGACUUUAUUGAAAAGAAACACCCUGAAAAGGUUGCAACGAGCCGUGCGUUGGCGCUGUGUAGUGACACUUGCCUCACUCCUUUUAGGAACAUUUUGAAAGGGAAGAAACAAGGCUCCUUGGACAGGUUUUUAUUGAAACGCCCUGGAAGUGAAAGCCAGGAAAGUGUGGUGAAAAAGGCAAAUGUCAAAGAGGAAGAAGAAGAUUAAGUGAAGUCUGAUCUUGAAGGAAAAUACGUACUCUCAUAGGUAAAGGUAAAGGUUUCCCCUGACGUUAAGUCCAGUCGUGUCCGACUCUGGGGGUUGGUGCUCAUCUCCAUUUCUAAGCCAAAGAACCGGCGUUGUCCAUAGACACCUCCAAGGUCAUGUAGCCGGCAUGACUGCAUGAAGCGCCGUUACCUUCCCGCCAGAGCGGUACCACAUACUCUCAUACUCUACACUUAAUAAAUCCAGUUUAUUUCUUUA